AGGAGAAGCCAUCGUCGACAAAUCCUCGAAGAAGAAGAGUAGCAACAAUGGCUGCUUCCACAGGACAAAAUAAAGAGAGUGUUUCAACCUCAGAUGCGGACCUCUUACUUCACCCUGAGCUUCUAUCUCAAGAUUUUAUGAGGCUCAUUUUAAAGGAGAGAAAUGUCGGUACCAGAGCCUGUGAAGACAGGGACCGGCUCACAGAGCUCUACCUGCGGCAUGUCAUCCCGCUGCCGCAGAGGACUUUACCCAACAACCGCUGGGGACGGAGGAUGCAGAAGAGCCGCGGGAGACAGACAGCCGCUGGACACAGCUCCUGUAAUGACCAACACAGGAAGAGGCCACUGAUUGUGUUUGACGGGAAGUCCUCUCAGUCGGGCCCGCUGAAAGUGAAGAAACCCGAGGGCACGAAAGUGUCAGCCGGAGUCACAGACAGACUAAAACCUCCUCCUGCUGCAAAUCUUUCCAACCCCAUCCGUAAACUCUCAGGCACUUCAUCGUCGUCUUCCUCGUCCACACAUCGCGGCUCUGAAACCGCAAACCUCAAACAGGACACAGGCGACUCGGGUGCUCUAAAAUCUCCAGAGGUGAAGAAAAAGAUCCAACACAUAACGUGGCCAUGACAUCUGACCCAGCAUAGCAGCUCAGACUCAUCCGUAAAUCUCUCCCCAUCAUCUCUUUUACCUCUCACAGCCUAACCUCUCACGAUUACAGUUUUCCAACUAAAAGAUGUAAUGAGCGGUUUUUUUUGGACGUACAUAAGGACCCCUUUAAUAUUCUUAUUUAUGGUGGACAGAGACGCUCAGGAGAUCAACCCUGCUUGUUGAAGUCAGGAUCUUCCUGGUUGCUUUUUGCAGCCUCAAGUGCCCUUUUUGUCCUCAUAUCCAGCAUCUGUCAUCUCGGUUGUUUUUUUAUUUUUUAAAUUUGAUAAGAAUGACUGUUGAUGAUUUCAUGUAUUUGAUGAAAAUGUGAUUUUUCCUGGUUUAUAAAAAAUACAGAAGAAUCCUACACUUUGAUAUGGAUAGGCAUAUUGAUGCCCCAAUGAGACAGACUUGUUACCCUAAUCACCACAUUGUGUAGCAGUUGAAUCAGUGUCAUUUGGUAACCAAUGGAUUAUUUUCAGUUGUUGCUGUAAUUCCAGUAAGAUCGAGGUUUUAUUUAGUAAUAUUUCUAAAAUCCUUAAUUUAUCAUGCUCAAGGGUUAAAUAGGCAUCAAGCAGAAGGUUUGGGAAAAUUAUGACUACUUUUGUAUAUUGAACGUCAACUGACCCGAGCUUAGAUCCCUGUAAUGCUGUAUUUAUUGGUUAGGAUAAUUUCCCUUUUGUAGUGGAUGUCUUUGAUGUAGACAAAGUUCAUUACAGACACACAGGAAAAAAAUGUUUUCAGCAUUUGUAGAAACAGUUUUUUAAAAUAAAUUCUCAACAAAUCUCUUUGCUGCCUUAAAUCUUGAGGAAA